UGCUAAUAGUAGUGGAGGGCACUGUAUAUAAGUUUGCUGACUCCAAAGCUGUGCGGCGGCAUGGCUCAGGUAGUAGUAUGUUAAUGAAUGUUAAAUGAAGGGAAACCUGACUCCAGCUCCAGUAUUGCUCACAUGCAGAGUCCAGCAAAUUUAGCCUGCUUAGUAGUAAAAGUGCAGAUUAAAGCAAAAACUAAAGGAAAAACUAGUAAACCACAGCAGUGGCACACGGUCACAAGCCCGCUCAUUGGCUAGAGGGGAGAACUUGACCUGGUGGAGAGAAUGAGAGACAAGUGCUACUUGAAGCCGGCAGAUACCACAAAGUUCCAUAGCAUAUCACUAGAAAAACACAAUGUAUAAAAAUACAGUAUAUUUUCCUCAUCAAAAGAGAUUAGAGGAGAGUAUUGCCAGCUUUGGGGAAGAGGUUAUCUCUAGCACUGACUGCAGCUUCUAAGCAGAUAGCAUACAUGUAGUCUGAUGAGCACAAGGUGAGAAGAAAAAGCAGAUGGCUGUAUGACAGCAGUAUUUAUUGCAAAUACUGAGUCAUCCGCCACUUCAUGACAUUGUUGGAAGGGUCACAACUAGAUAUCCAGGUAAUUCUCACUAGGAUUGGUGAAAUGGAACACGAGGACUGGAGAAAAAGUGUUGGUAUUUAUGUAUGCCCCAAGUUGAAAAAGUGCAUAAUAAUAGCCAAAUUAAUAAAAGAGAAAUGCACAGAACAUCACUCAGCUUGGUUUAUUGGUCAUCUCAAUAGACAAGAACGCCACAAUAGACAGGUGUUUUGGUACUUUAUAGUUUAUUUGUUGAAAGAGCUCAUCAGUAAGCUGGCCAAACCUUUUAUGAUGUCAAAACAAAAAAAAUGAAUACACACAUGAUUUACAUUGUUGGCAUGUGCCUGCAUACAACAGACACCAGAAUCCAGAUUUUCCAGUAGGUUUACCUUACCUGUGUUCAUGCUGCCUUUAUUAACAGUGCCAUGACACAAUAUGGUAAUAACGUGCUAUCAUAUAAUCCAUAAUUAUUGUAAGUGUAUUGAAUUAUAGGUGACUGGAAAAGCAUGAAACACAUUUUGUCAUACAUAAAACACUGUACAGGUGAGGACUUUUUAUUAAUGUUACAAGUGAAUCUCUAUCAGGGACAGAUAAACAAACCAUUAGCUGCCAAUAAGGAGAGCAGAUGUCCCUGAAGCUCAUGUGAUUAGUAAGAAGCAUGAGCCUUCUUGGCUCCUCCCAGAUGAGGUGACAGGAUUAUAGGCAGAAUUUGAGCCUGAUUACGAUUCACAGCACUGUACACAAUGCCACAGGGGAGGAAAACAUAAACAUGCAAAUAAAUAAGGACAUAUUACUGUUUCAAUCAAGAAGAUGGUGCACUCCUCCUCACCUCAAUAUGUUCAGUUUGAUGAGCAACUGCUGCAACUGGGUUUCCAAACUGCAGCAACCCAUGAGGAAAGUUACUGUGCUGGUGGUUGGCCUUGACAAAGUUGGAAAGACACUGUGCGUCAGAGGGAUGUUAAGAGCUCCCCAUGGAGAAGUGAGUCCUACUCAUGGAUGUGUCCGACAUGAGUUAAGGUUGGAAAACUUCCUCGUGAAUUUGCUGGACAUGGGUGGAAGUACUGAGUUUCGCUCAUGCUGGAAAGAAUACUAUGGCGAGGCCCAUGGAGUCAUUUUUGUGGUGGACUCCAGUGAUAGACACAGAAUGAAAGAGGUCAAAGAACUUCUGACAGACAUGCUGAGACAGCCUAGAGUGGCUGGAAAGCCCCUAUUAGUAUUAGCCAAUAAACAAGACAAAAUGAAUGCCUUAUUGGGAAGUGAACUGAUUGAGGUCCUGACCCUGGAGAAGCUAGUCAAUCAGAGCCAGUCUCUGUGCCACAUUGAGCCAUGCUCUGCCUUAAUGGACCUGCGGCGAUGGUCAGACAGGAAGACAUUGCGAGGCCUCAGGUGGUUACUACGGGCUGUGUGCCUGGACUACCCAGAUCUCUGUGCCCGUGUAGUCAGAGAUGGUGGAAGGCCACCAGGACCGGAGGAGAGAGAAAGGAAAGGGAAGGUGGAAAAAAGUCAGAAGAAAAACAAAGUUGAAAGACUUAAAGCCAGUAAACCAGACAUUCACCAAGCACAGUGCCCUCUGGAGGAAGAACAGAAAAGCAGGAGCCAUCUACAACCAAUUAUUCUUAAGGAGAAUUCCUUUCAAAAGAAAAUGAAGAAAAAGAAGCUGAAAGUUAAGAUCAAAGCAAUAAGUGUGAAAAAAGGAAGUAAAAAUGAAGAAGUAGAUAAAGAGCAGGAAGAAGAAGAGGCAGAAGGAAAUAAGGAAGACCAGGAUGGUAACAGUCAAAAGGAGAAGGUCAGUCAUGACCUGUUGCCACAAAAAAGUGGGAGGCUGAAGCCCAGAGCAAAAGUGGAGACUGUGGAUAAUCCAGAGUCCCAGGAAUCCAAACCCUCUAAAGGUAAUGGACAAAACAAGAAAAAGAAAAAGGUGGUGAAAGGAAAGCGAAAGAACAGGAUAAACACAGAAGAAAUUCCUGUAAAUUAUAGACAGCCUGCUGAUCUCUCUGCCACUUUCGAUCUUUACAAGAAAGCCAUUUUGGCUCUAAAAGCCCGACAGGAUCAGAUUUUGGUGCCAGAACAGUGAGAGAACUGGAAAUGCGUUGGCAGAUGACCCAGAUCACACAGACCUGUGCAGAACAUUUAAUGAAGGGACUGGACCACAAAACCAACAUCUUUAGGCAUCUUCACCAAAACAUGGAUUUCCAGAUAGGCAUAUUCAUCUGGCUCAUCUUUUUUAGUAUAUACAAUAUGAAACCCUGUAUAAUCUGCUUUUAACAGACACUCUUCAAAAAAUAAUGAAUAAGUAUUUUUUAUAGAACCAAUAAUAUAAUUUGUUGCUGUUAUUGUGUUGUUAUUUUGCUUUUUUUAUCAGUAAAGUUGAAUUGUAAAUUGUAAUAAUUUUGUGAAUUGUAAUUAAAAUGUAUGCUUUCUUCUGCUGUUAA